AUGAGCUUCAAUUGGGCUUUGGUCCUCUUGAGAAUCUUUCUCAGUUUUCCCCUUCUGUCCUCAGCAGCGCCAGCAGCGAGAAAAGGAGAAAGAAGGCAACAGAUCAAAAUCCCCCAUUUUUCAUCUUCUUCAUCGUUCAUACGUUCGUCGAUUGGAGGGCAAAUUCUCGUUGGAAAAGUUGCAGCAAUGGAAGCACCAGGAUCAUCGAAGCCCAUGAUCGCAACGCAGGCGGAGAUGGUGGAAGCGAGAGUACCCAUGGCGUACAGAGACCAGUGCGCCCACCUUCUCAUCCCGCUCAACAAGUGCCGCCAGGCCGAGUUCUAUUUGCCUUGGAAGUGCGAGAACGAGCGCCAUUCCUACGAGAAGUGCGAGUACGAGCUCGUGAUGGAGAGGAUGCUCCAGAUGCAGAAGAUCCGCGAAAAGGAGGCCAAUUUGAAACAACCAAACAAAGGAGGUGUUGCUAUCGGUCUCAUCCCCAAGACUGCCAAUGCCUAG